AAGAAGCCUUCAAAGCGGAGACGAUCGAGCGAGAGAAUCGCAUCGCGUGUCGGGGGUGACGAGAGUUUUCGAUGAGGAUGAACUAAACAAGGUCUUACUCGUCGAAUCUGUCAGACAUUAAAUAGUGUUUUUCUCUCGCAAUAAAUCACCAAACUCAAUUCCCAGCCAUAGCUUUUUGGAGAAAACAGAAACCGGCCGUUAGUUUCCCGCGCCGGCCGGGCCGGUCGGGCGCGAAUGAAGCUUCGUGGAAGCUCACUUCCCCUGUCCCUCGCGCGCUCUAUAACUCAUCGUCUUCUCCAACCUCAUCUUCCUGCCUCCUUCCUCCCCUCCCCUGAUCCCCUCCCUGCCUCGUACAAUCCAUCGAUCCUCGAUCGAAUCCCUGCAAGGUACGUAGCAACACCGAUCGCCCGCCAUGAAGCUGAGCAUGCCUUUCUUCAGCUCGUCCUCCUCCUCCGGCAAGAAGCAGCAGGAGACGACGACGAUCAUCAGCAAGAAGAGGACGAAGGGAUCAACAAAGAGCGGCUCCUUCGGCUCCACCUCCUCGUCCUCCGACUGCGCGUCGCCGUCCGCCGUCACGACGCCGCGCACCGUGCUCCCUGCUGUCAAGCCAAACCCAAAGCCGGCGCCGGCGCCGGCGGUAUUAUUAGCCGCUACCGUGACGAGGGAGGACCUGGAGGUGGCGCUGCGACGGGUGGUGCGGAGCGAGGCGGAGCUGGCGGCGGUGCUGGCGGAGGCGGAGGCGGCCGGGCUGGCGCCCGAGGAGGCCGCGGCGGCCGAGGCCGAGGACGAGGCCGAGCUCCGCGAAACGUUCGCGGUGUUCGACGCGGACGGCGACGGCAGGAUCUCGGCCGAGGAGCUCCGCGCCGUGCUCGCCUCGCUCGGCGACGAGGCCUGCUCCGUCGAGGAUUGCCGGCGCAUGAUCGGCGGCGUCGACGCCGACGGCGAUGGGUUCGUCUGCUUCGACGAGUUCUCCCGCAUGAUGAUGCCGCAGGGGGCGGCAGCGUGAUGCUCUCUGUCGUCGUCGUCGUCGUUGUCGGUGAUGCACGACGAGUUCUUAGCUGCUGCUGCUAGUUUGUUGUCGGUGUUGGCGUGCGUGAUAUAUCAUAUAUGUGCUCCUGUUUCUUCUUUCGUGUUGCCAAUCUCUGUACCUAGCUACGUGCAGCUGUUUUUUGGUGUCAUCGAUCCAUGUCAAUAUCGUGUCCUCUCCGUUGUGUGAGAAUGAAUCCAACAAGAGUGCCUAACUCUAUAUAUUUUCUUCUUUUUCCAAUCA